GACGAGGGAGUAGCGAGGUGAAUGCGCCGGGUCGAAUUCGUGAAGAAGAGUCAAAAAUUUAUUCACCGUCGUCUACCAAGGAAACCGAUUACAACAUGGAUGUACGAAAAGUGACGGAAUUAUUACGAGCCACGAUCGACCCAGCGCAACAAAAACAAGCUGAAGAGCAGCUGAAUCAGAUUCACAAAAUUAUUGGUUUUGCACCAACUUUGCUCCAAGUGGUAAUGACUGCAGGAGACAUGCCUGUACGACAAGCUGGUGUUAUAUAUUUGAAGAAUUUAAUUACAACAAAUUGGGCUGACAGAGAAAAUGAAAAUGGACCAGCCAAAUUUACUAUCCAUGAACAAGAUCGUUCAAUGAUCCGUGAUGCGAUUGUUGAUGCUCUGGUACAUGCACCAGAACUUAUCAGAGUACAAUUGGCUGUUUGUGUUAAUAAUAUAGUGAAACAUGACUUUCCUGGAAGAUGGACACAAAUAGUGGACAAAAUUACAAUAUAUUUACAGAAUUCAGAUGCUUCCUGCUGGCCAGGUGUUUUACUUGCACUUCAUCAACUUGUAAAAAACUUUGAAUAUAAGAAAGCAGAAGAAAGAGGCCCGCUGAAUGAAGCAAUGAAUCUUUUGUUCCCUAUGAUUUACCAAUUGAUAUUGCGACUUCUACCAGAUAAUUCGGAGCAAUCAGUACUGCUACAGAAACAGAUACUGAAAAUAUUUUUCGCUCUUACGCAGUACACACUUCCUUUAGAUCUGAUUUCGAAAGAAGUAUUUUCACAAUGGAUGGACGUGGUGAGACAAGUAGCCGAUAGACCUGUUCCGCCCGAAACUAAUAACCCAGAGCUGGACGACGAUGAACGAGCAGAGUUGCCAUGGUGGAAAUGUAAGAAAUGGGCUUUACAUAUUCUACACAGAAUGUUUGAGAGAUAUGGAAGCCCUGGAAAUGUAACCCAGGAAUACAAAGAAUUCGCUACAUGGUACUUGAGGACAUUUAGCGGAGGAAUACUCGAAGUUCUUUUGAAAAUUCUGGACCAAUAUCGAAGAAAAAUAUACGUAUCGCCUAGAGUAAUUCAACAAUCAAUUAAUUACAUUAAUCAAGGAGUGAGCCAUGCGUAUUCAUGGAAAUUCUUAAAGCCACAUAUGUUUGAGAUUAUUCGUGAUGUACUCUUCCCAAUUCUCUCGUAUUCCGCUGCAGACGAAGACCUAUGGAAAAAUAAUCCAUACGAAUAUAUUAGGGUGAAAUUUGAUAUAUUCGAAGACUUUGUGUCCCCGGUUACCGCGGCGCAGACUUUAUUACAUUCAGCCUGUAAAAAACGUAAAGAUAUGCUUCAAGAAACUAUGCAAUUCUGUAUGGAAGUCUUAACCAGUCCGAAUGCUGACCCCAGACAAAAGGAUGGUGCGUUGCAUAUGGUUGGAAGUUUAGCAGACGUGUUGUUAAAGAAAAAAGUUUAUAGAGAACAAAUGGACAAAAUGUUACUGCAAUACGUAUUUCCCGAAUUUAACAGUCCUCACGGACACAUGAGGGCGAGAGCAUGUUGGGUGCUGCAUUAUUUCUCGGAAAUAAAAUUUAAACAAGAACAAAUAUUAGUUGAAGCUGUGCGGUUGACAACAAAUGCACUUUUAACGGACCAAGACCUACCAGUUAAGGUAGAAGCUGCUAUUGCAUUGCAGAUGCUUCUCUCUGCUCAAGAGAAGGCACAAAAAUAUGUAGAACCCCUAAUCAAGCCUAUAACCCUUGAAUUAUUGACUAUCGUACGGGAAACGGAAAAUGACGAUUUAACGACUGUUAUUCAAAAAAUUGUUUGUACAUAUUCGGCACAGCUUAUGCCAAUUGCAGUUGAAAUGUGCCAACAUCUUGCUGCAACUUUCAGUCAGGUUUUAGAAACAGAUGAAGGCAGUGAUGAAAAGGCUAUAACUGCUAUGGGAUUGUUAAAUACAAUAGAAACGUUGUUAACUGUAAUGGAAAAUCAACCACAAAUCAUGGCGCAAUUGCAACCAACGGUUCUUCAAGUUGUUGCCCACAUUUUUGGGGAAAGUGUGAUGGAAUUUUAUGAAGAAGCUCUUGCGUUAGUUUAUGAUCUUACCGGAAAGACGAUUUCAGAAGAUAUGUGGAAAGUAUUAGAAUUAAUGUAUCAAUUGUUUCAAAAGGAUGGCUUUGAAUAUUUCACAGAUAUGAUGCCUGCACUUCAUAAUUACAUUACUGUUGAUACACCGGCAUUUUUAUCUAAUGAAAAUCAUAUAUUGGCUAUGUUCAAUAUGUGUAAAGCUGUGUUGACCGGUGAUGCUGGAGAAGACCCGGAAUGUCACGCUGCCAAAUUAUUAGAAGUAAUAAUUUUACAAUGUAAAGGUCACAUCGAUCAGUGUAUACCUUCGUUCGUGCAAUUGGUACUGGAGCGCUUAAUGCGCGAAGUUAAAACAUCAGAAUUGAGAACAAUGUGUUUGCAAGUAGUGAUCGCGGCCCUUUAUUAUAACCCAGCGCUUUGUCUCGACACAAUGGACAGAUUACAAGGAAAUUUCGGACAAUCAACAGAGCCUAUUGCUUCACAUUUUAUCAAGCAAUGGAUACACGAUACGGAUUGCUUCUUGGGAUUGCAUGACAGGAAGUUAUGCGUACUUGGAUUAUGUACUUUAAUUAGUAUGGGUCCGGCAAGACCACCAGCGGUAAAUGAAUGUGCUCAGCAAAUUAUCCCAUCUUUAAUUUUACUUUUCGAUGGACUCAAAAGAGCUUAUGCAGCAAAAGCUUCAGAUACCGAUGACGAAGAAAACGAAGAAGAUGAUAGUGAUAUUGACGAAGAGGUGCUGUCAUCAGAUGAAGAUGAAAUCGAUGAUGCUAGUCAAGAAUAUUUGGAGAAGUUACAAGAAAAGGUGACGAGGUCGUCUACGCAACAUGGUUUUACCGUAUCAUCUUCAAUUCAAGACGGGCAUGGUGAUCACAGAUCGGACGAUGACGGCGAUGAUUCCGAGUACGAUGCCAAUGAGGAAACUCCACUUGAAUGUUACACCACCCCUUUGGAUUCCGAUGAUAUGAAUCAAGAUGAAUACGUCGUCUUUAAAGAAGUAAUGCAAAAUAUCGAAAGAACAGACAUGGUCUGGUAUAGAGCAUUAACUGGCCAUUUAACUGCAGAACAGCAAAAAGCGUUACAGGAAGUUAUUCUCUUAGCAGACCAACGUAAAGCAGCCGUUGAAAGUAAAAGAAUUGAGCAGAGCGGAGGUUAUGCUUUUCAUUCGCAAACUGUACCUACGUCGUUCAAUUUCGGUGGCACGCCUCUGAGCGGAUAGACUCCCGAUCGUUUAUAUUUUUAGCUUAAAUUCCAGGGAAUAUGUUCUGAUCUCGAUUUCCAAAUCAUCUGUGCUUCUUCGCCGAGCUUACGUCAGUCCAUCGUCCAGCGCGAUCGAAUCUUUUUUUUUUACGAAAAAAAAGAACAGAUAUUGUACGUGCAAAUGAAAAAAGUAUGGAAGAACGCAUGUAAAUGUAUGUAUGUACCCAAUAGAAAAAGAAAGGGUAGAGGGAAAAAACGAAAGGUGAUAAAGGAGGAAGUAGUUCGGUCGCUCUUGAAGCGCUCGAAAAAGUGCCUUCAAACACGCUCGACGCGGAUGGAACCUAAUUUAAAGAAAGCAAAUUGGAUCGAGGCUAGGACGCUUCUCUAGUUUGUAAGUUUCGUAAACACUGUACUAAAGUAUAAUAAAUUAAUGCUAACUAAAAAUUA